UAACGGAAACUUUGGGCACAACUUCAAACUUCCAUCGCCAUAUCAGAAGAAGUCAUCCUAACAGGUUCCUGGAGUACAAGGCAGCACAAGACCAAACUGACGUUGCACAACCAUCAGUAUCUGCAUGCUUCUCCAAUGUUUCGGUCUACAGUUCUAAAUCCCCUCGGCAGCAAGCAAUUAAUGCAUCCAUCAUUAAGGACUUGGUAAUUGGCUGUGCACUGCCUCUGGCUUUGGUGGAGAAUUGUUACUUUAGAAAAUUUCUGAAAGUCAUGGACUCAAAAUACACCCCCAUCUCGAGAAGCACUAUCUCCGAGAAAAGAAUCCCAGUACUGGUGAACCAAGUGAAGCAGACUAUUGUUGAAAGAUUGCAGAGUCAACCAUCUGUCUCUGUAACCGUUGAUAUCUGGUCUGACCGCAGACUGCGGUCCUUUCUUGGCGUCACUGCGCAUGCAGUACACUGCUCUAAUGGAUCCUGUGUGCUUGAACCGUACCUGCUUGAAUGCCGACGGUUUACAGGACGGCACAGCGGUGAGAGGAUUUCUGCUGCUUUUGAGGAAAUACUUGAAGAAUAUGGCAUCGCGCAAAAAGUUUGUUAUAUUAUAACAGACAAUGCAGCCAACAUGAAAUGCGCUUUCAAAGUGCAAAUGCCCCUGCAGCAAGCCUCUGACACAGAAAGCGAGGAUGACCUUGAUGAUGAGGAGUUAUGGGAGGACACUGAUGAGGACACAGAACUUGGGCUAUCAGGGGAGAGGCUUUCUUGUUUUGCCCAUUCUCUUCAAUUAGUUGUCUCAGAUGGAAUGAAAGAGGUCAAAUCAAUUAGUCUUGCCAUUGCUAAAGCAUCUCGCUUUUCUACCCUCUUGCACACCAGCUCGGCUUUCAAAGACACAUUUGAAAGCACAUGUGGAACAACAAAAACUGUACCUGCAGCGAACAACACCAGAUGGAAUAGUACAUUUAAACAGCUACAAGCACUGACUUCUCUGGAUCACAAAACAUUGACCUAA